AUAUCAGGUCCUUCAGAUGAAUUCUAAUCAUGACAAUCAUUUUAUUUCUCGUUGAUACAAGUGCUUCUAUGAACCAGCGUUCUUAUUUGGGAACUUCUCUGAUUGAUAUUGCCAAAGCCUCGGUAGAGACUUUCAUGAAGAUAAGAUCAAGGGAUCCAAAUUGCAGAUGGGAUCGAUACAUGCUCCUGACUUUCGAAGACCCGCCUGCAAAUAUCAAGGCCGGUUGGAAGGAGAGUCAUGCUACAUUUGUGAAUGAACUGAAGAAUUUACAGACCCAGGGGCUCACCCUGAUGGGCCCCGCCCUGAAGCACGCUUUUGAUCUUCUGAAUAUUAACAGGAUGCAGACUGGCAUAGACACCUAUGGACAGGGGCGGUGUCCAUUUUACCUUGAGCCAGCUGUGAUAAUUGUCAUCACUGAUGGAGGGAAGUUGACCACGAUGAAUGGCGUACAACCAGAGAUCAAUUUGCCCAUGAACUCAGUAGUCCCCGGAUCAGAGCUAACCAAGGAACCGUUCAGAUGGGAUCAGAGGAUAUUCGGACUGGUGCUGAGGUUGCCAGGAAACAUUCCUGUUGACAUGACAACCAAUACAUACAUUCCAUCUGCGGAGAAUCAUCCACUGGAUGCCAUGUGUGAUGUCACAGGAGGUCGUUCCUAUGCUGUCCACACCCAAAAGAUGCUGAAUGGGGCAUUGGAGAGUCUAGUACAGAAAGUUCAAGGAGGGGUGGUGAUCAACUUUGAGAAGAUUGGGCCGGAUCCACCCCCCAUUGAGAUUAAGAUUGAGAACGGACUAGACAGCAAUGGAAAUAGUAAAGAGAACCAGGACAUUAACAUGCCAAUCAAGAUGGAGGUGGAGGAGGAGAAGAAGGCGCACUCUCCAAUGGUAGGACUGACGGGUCAGAUCCUCCCCAGCAACAGCUGGCAUAACUGUCGCCGCCUCAUUUACGUCCCACGCUCAGCUCAGAAAGGAUACUCUGUCGGGCACUGGCCUAUCCCUGAGGCUUUCUGGCCAGACAGCACCAACUCCACACUACCUCCUCGUUCAGCUCACCCGGUGGUCAAGUUUUAUUGCACUCCAUGCGAGCCUAUGGUGAUUGGAAACCUCCCCUUUGACAAGUACGAGCUGGAGCCCUCCCCCCUUACUCAGUACAUCCUAGAGAGGAGGCAGCCCAACUCGUGUUGGCAGGUGUUUAUAAACGGCAGUGCUAAAUAUAGUGAUGUGGGACACCCCUUUGGAUACUUGAAGGCUAGCAGCACAUUAAGCUGUGUCAAUCUUUUCCUCAUGCCUUACAACUACCCCGUCCUGCUUCCAUUGCUAGAUGAAUUAUUCAAAGUUCACAAGUUCAAACCAACACAGAAAUGGCGUGGCCAGUUUGAUGCUUACUUGAAAACGAUGCCAUCUUACUAUGCUGGGCCACUAAAGAGAGCCCUAGCACGGAUGGGAGCCCCUAAUCUGGUGCCUGAGAACAUGGACAACAGUCUGAGUUACAGUGUCAUUACUUACCUGAAGAAACUCAAAAAUCAGGCCAAGAUAGAAAUGGACCGAUUAAUCGCCUCUGUGGGUCAAAAGAUCCCCGUCCAUGAAGGCAUUAAAGUUGAUUCCAGAACAAAAACUUCCAUUCUACAACGACGAGACUUUAAUCAGUUGUUACAGAGUGCAGGUGGGAAUCUGCAGAAUCUGAAGCAGGAGCUGACGGACUUCAACACAUUUACUGUAGCUGUGGCCGACAAGGACAUCAGACCACAGUACUAUAGGAAUCCAUACGAUAUACCUCGAAAAAACCUAAUAGACCAAAUAGCCAGGAUGAGAUCAAAUUUUUUGCAAAAAUCCUACCACAGGACGAAACUUGUGGAUGAUGAUCAGGCACACAGUAUUCCUGUUCAACAGAUGGGUAAUUACCAAGACUACCUGAAGAAACAGCCAGCCCCGCUACGGGAGCUGGAGACCUCGCCUACAAGGCUUCACACCUUCGGAAAUCCAUUCAAAGUUAAGAUGAAUAUGGUUGAUGAGGCAGAUGACCCCACAAUAGACAAACCGUCCAAACGUCGAAGUUUAGAAACUCCUCCCCCUGGUCCCAAAAGGCGUAAAGUUGGACCCAUCCCAAAGGAUUAUGUGUUCAGUAGGACCCCCACACCCUCCCCGCCCUCGUCUCCGGUGCCUGACCAGAUGAUGGAGGCAGAAUUUAAUGUGGACCCUGAACCUCCAGAUAACGAAGUCGAGGAAAACAACGUCUCGGAGCAGGAGGAUGAGGAUCAGCCAUUGAUAAUCGCUGAACCGGAACAAGACGAUUCGCGGAAAAAUCAUAUCAAGGAAAACAAUGUCCCGGGGAGCCAAAUGGAAGAGCAGCUGUUGUAUAAUUCUGUGAAUUCACGACAGAGGGGUGUUCAUAACAGUAAAAAGGACUCUCUGAUAUGGACUCACAAUACCCGCUUAAAACAUUCGGUGUUCAAGGAGCUCAAAAAACCUGGCAGAAAUUAUGAUACCUUGUUCCACCAGCUGAAUUCAAUUCAGGGAAAUGUACAACUCAAGUGUGCUUUUGUCAAAGACGUCAUACGCGAAGCUGAACGCUUCAAGAAAAAGGUGCUAAUACAAAUGUUGGAACAGUUUCAGACUUCAAUGAUACAAGUGGAGGGCAGGAAACGCAACAGCCUCACCAUGGAAACCAGAUGAUAUUAAGUCAAGUGCACGAAACACUCUAAAGCAAUUGUGACAUAUUCUUCCAAGGACAGUGAAACGAAAGUGGGGGAGGGGGUGAUUAAAUUGCUGUAUGAUGUGAGUGUAAUGAGAGGUUUGAAUGAAAAGAUGUUAGAGAUUUUUAAUUUGGGAAUCCCUCUGUGUUCAUGUCCUGUGAAAUGUCGACAGCUUGGAUCUGUGAUAAUCAUAUUUAUACCAGUAUGUCCAGUCAAUCAAGACUUUUAUAUCAACUCUCUAUGGACUGUUUAUUCUCUAUGUUUUAUCAAUAAAAUGAAUUCAAUAAGCUUUUCGACACUGUUUCUGAAAUCUUUGGUUUUGUGCAAGAAUCUCAUCGUGAAAACCUAUGAAAGUUUUUUAUUACAAAGUGUAUCUGUAAAAAUCUAGACUUUCUGUUCUGUAUUAGAUCAGUACUUGGCAAAUGAAUCCCAGCCAAGUUGUGAAUGCCAUUUUUAAUUUGUUUUAAAAAAUGAAUUUGCAGAAGAAUAAGAAAAAAUAAUGAAAUGACUUGUUUUUAAAGAAUGUAUUCCACAAGAAUAUAAGGAAUGAAACAAAAACAACAGAAUAAGAUUUUAUUAGCCCAGUUUGUUAAUUUUUGGUUCAUUGGCUGAAUAAAAGUGGAGAAUUCCUGUAACAUUAGAUGUGUUACAUUUUGUCAAUCAGAAAAUGAAAGAGUUGAAAACGUAAAAGUCUUGCCUUGUGCUACAUUUAGACAUACGUCAUCAUUCAUAGUUUUUCUACAGUUAUACAUUGUGUUUACAUGAUUUUUUUUAAAUUGUUUUAUUGUUCAUUUUAUUUAAUGAUUAUUUUUGGAAAACAAUAAAAUGUUUGAAAAACUA